CAGCGCGGCUCCCCCGGCUAGCUGGAGCUGGGCUGGCUGCGCUGGGGCGGGGCUGCUGUUCCCCCGCGCCGGGCACCGUGCGCCGCGGCCAUCGCAGGGAGUAGCGCGCGGCACCGGGUUGUUCGGCCUGUAAAAAAUUGCACCUGGACACAGUCCUCUUGGCAGCUGGAAUUUCCCACGCUGGAUGGUAUAGUGCCUGCGGCAAGCCCCCCGAGAGGAAACAUGGCCCACUAGCAUUUCCCAGGACAGGGCAAGGUUUCAGGAUGGCAGCCCAGAGGAUUCGUGCUGCCAACUCCAGUGGCCUCCCGCGCUGCAAGUCUGAGGGGACGCUGAUCGACCUCAGCGAAGGGUUUUCGGAAACCAGCUUUAGUGACGUCAAAGUGCCUUCUCCUAGUGCCUUGCUGGUAGACAAUCCCACGCCUUUUGGAAAUGCAAAGGAAGUUGUAGCAAUCAAGGACUAUUGCCCAACUAACUUCACAACCUUAAAGUUCUCCAAGGGUGACCACCUCUACGUCUUGGAUACCUCGGGAGGCGAGUGGUGGUAUGCUCAUAAUACCACGGAAAUGGGUUACAUACCUUCCUCCUACGUCCAGCCUGUAAACUACCGAAACUCUUCCUUCACUGACAGUGGCAUGAUAGACAAUCUGCUCGAAAGUCCUGACGAAGGAGUCAGAGAGCUAGAUCUGCUUGGAGAGUGGACUGAUGUAAAGAGAAACUCUGCCAACACCUACAGUAACAACCCUUUCUUAAAUGGGGUCCAAACCAAUCCGUUUCUGAAUGGGAACUUGCAAAUGAUGCCCAGCUCAGACAAAGAGUGCACCCCCAAAACCACUGUGGACUUACUGCUGUUUGACACGGCAGCUCCUCCAUUUACAGGGGCCAGUUCUGCAAUGAACAGCAGCAUAAGUAACAUCUUUGUUGAACUUCCAUCCACAAAUGGAUUGGAGUUCGAACAGCCUGUGAGGCGGGACAAUCCCUUUUUCAGGAGUAAACGCUCGUACAGUUUGUCGGAGCUGUCUGUCCUUCAGGCAAAAUCAGAAAUGCCAGCAUCAUCAGGGUUUUUUACUGGAUUAAAAUCGCCUACCCCAGAGCAGUUCCAGAGCAGGGAAGAUUUUAGAACUGCCUGGCUGAACCACAGGAAGUUGGCACGGUCGUGCCACGACUUGGACUUGCUUGGCCAGAAUCCUGGCUGGGGUCAGACACAACCUGUGGAGACCAACAUCGUCUGCAAGCUGGAUAGUUCUGGUGGAGCAGUUCAGCUCCCAGAUACUAACAUCAGCAUCCAUGUGCCAGAAGGACAUGUCUCGCCAGGGGAAACACAGCAGAUCUCCAUGAAAGCCCUGUUAGACCCACCCCUGGAGCUCAACAGUGACAAAUGCAGCACCAUAAGCCCAGUGCUGGAGAUUAAACUGAGCAACAUGGAGGUAAAAACGUUCAUCAUGUUGGAGAUGAAAGUGUCGGCGGAGGUCAAGAAUGACAUCGUGAGUCAGAGCUUGGUGGGAUUACAGUGCUUGCGUAGUGACAUAAAAGAAGGACCCUAUACACCAAUGCAACUCAGCUAUUCCUAUGGAGACAUGAUACAGGUGCAAUUGGAUAACCUGGAACCUUGUAUGUAUGUAGCUGUUGUAGCCCAAGGACAGAACGUCAUAUAUCCUUACACUGUCUGGGACUACAUCAGUAAAAAGAUCACAGUGGGUGUCUAUGGCCCCAAACACAUACAUCCUUCUUUUAAAACCAUAGUGGCUAUUUUUGGACACGAGUGUGCGCCAAAGACUCUCUUAGUGACCGAGGUUACACGGCAAAUCCACGGCGUGGCGCCUGUGGCCCUGCAGCUGUGGGGCAAGCACCAGUUCGCUCUGGGCCAGCCGCAGGACCUGAAACUCUGCAUGUUUUCCAACAUGACUAAUUAUGAGGUGAAGGCCAGCGAACAAGCCAAAAUCAUCCGAGGCUUCCAGAUGAAGCUGGGGAAAGUCAGCCGCCUUAUCUUCCCAAUCAUGUCCCAUGACUUCAAUGAGCUCUCAGACUUCACAUUGAGGAUACAGGUCAAGGAUGACAAGGACGCCAUAUUGACCCAGUUCUGUGUGCAAACACCACAACCACCUCCUAAAAGUGCCAUCAAGUCCACUGGGCAGAGAAGGUUCCUCAAGAAGAAUGAGGUUGGGAAGAUCAUUCUGUCCUCCCUGGCUGCUAGUAGCAAAUAUCCUGUCUUUCAGGAGCGGCCAGUUGCGAGCCUGAAGUAUGGCAAACUGCUUAAGACUGUAGUGCGCCAAAACAAGAACCAUUAUUUACUGGAAUAUAAGAAAGGAGAUGUCAUAGCGCUGCUCAGUGAAGAGAAGAUCAAACUGAAAGGCCAGCUGUGGACCAAGGAAUGGUACAUUGGCUACUACCAAGGAAAAAUCGGCCUUGUUCACGCCAAAAACGUGCUAGUGGUUGGGAAAGUCAAGCCCAGCUAUUUUUCUGGACCUGAUCUCACCACCAGUGCAUUGCUUGAGCAAAUCCUGAGGCCUUGCAAAUUUCUGACCUAUAUCUACGCCUCAGUCAGGACUCUGCUUAUGGAGAACAUCAGCAGCUGGCGCUCGUUCGCAGACGCCUUGGGAUACAUAAACUUGCCACUCACUUUCUUCUGUCGAGCAGAACUAGACAGCGAGUCGGAACGGGUAGCCUCGGUGCUGGAGAAGCUGAAAGAAGACUGCAAUAAUACCGAGAACAAGGAGAGGAAAUCCUUCCAGAAAGAGCUAAUGGCGGCCUUACUGAAAAUAGACUGCCAGGGGCUGGUCGUGAGGCUCAUUCAGGACUUUGUGCUCCUGACCACAGCCGUGGAAGUGGCUCAGCGCUGGAGGGAGCUGGCAGAGAAGCUAGCCAAGGUCUCCAAACAACAGAUGGACGCCUACGAAGCCCCCCACCGAGACAGGAAUGGAGCGGUAGACAGUGAGGCCAUGUGGAAACCAGCCUAUGACUUUCUGCUAACCUGGAGCAAUCAGAUUGGAGAUAGCUACCGAGAUGUCAUCCAGGAGCUGCACAUAGGGCUGGAUAAGAUGAAGAACCCCAUCACCAAGCGCUGGAAACAUCUAACAGGAACCCUGAUCUUAGUUAAUUCCUUGGACAUACUCCGUGCAGCCGCCUUUAGCCCUCCAGACCAUGAAGAUUUUGCUAUCUGAUGGCGAGGACAAAAAACAGGCAGGAGCUGACAAAAGGCCAAAGUUUGAACGUUUGCUCUGGGACUGGAAUUGCACAGUGAAGCAGGACUUCUUUUGAGUGUUCUCCCUCAUGUAGAAAGAGUCCAGAAGAGCUGGGUUUUCUCUGCUGAGGGGUUGAUACCAGUUACACAACUUUCUAUUUGUAAAGUUUAACAGUGGGUGGGGAAGACCCCAACACUUUUUUUUUAAGACAUUUGCAAAUAAAUCUCUAAUUUUUUAAUGAGCAGCAAAAGUUGAAACCACUUCAAUGGGAGAGUUGUUGCAUUUUUAUGUUGUGUAGGAACUUUUUUAAAUAACUUCUGAAAUUGACCAUGAAUCAUGUAAAUAUGUAUUUAAAACAAAGCACGGUGUGAAUCUCUCCUUUCCAUUCCCUCAGACCACCCCCCCUUACAAGGUUUUCUAUAGUGUGAGACUCUGGAAUCACUGUUUUGUAUUCACCAUUGCAGUAACUCUGAACCUCCUACAGCCCUAAGAAAAUGUUACAAAGAAAAGCAGUUGUACUUUUUUCCCAGUAGCUCUCCAUGAUCUGUUUUUUUAUAUAUAUACUUUUUCUAAUGUCUAGAUCUGGAAAUACACAAUACCUAGUUUUCAGAUGUACCACUUAAGUUCUUAACUUGAAGAGUCAGUGCUGCCUUUAGCACUCAGGCAUCCCUCCUGCCUGCUGCUACAAUGAGCAUUCUGGAAGGAGCUGAAAAGAUUUCUGGUUCAGUGGCGUUCCCUCCCCUUCUUCUGCCUUUUGCUUUUUUAGGGACAUUAACUACAAAGGUGCCAGUCUCAUUGAAGGUAACUUUUCUCUCUACUGACUGCUCUGUACUGCAAUAAGAGCAUCUUGGGGAUCUCUGCUGGGGACCUGCAUGCUCCAGAAGCAGUCAGGAGAGAAGAGCUGUAUUAGACAUCAUUUAAAAAAAUGUCUUUACUAAGUUGGGAUCUGAUCCAAAACUCAUUGGAGUCUGUGGGAGUUAUUACGUUGACUUAGGUGCCAUUUCAGUCAGCCCCUUAAAGUUUAGGGUCUGAUCCAAAGCCCAUUCAGGUUGAUGGUGAGACUGCCAGUGACUUCCCUGAGCUUUGGAUCAGGCCCCUCAAGGCUACUGAGCUCCAGUCUGUCAUGUAAAUAAUCCGUGCUCAGAGAAAUGGUUCCACUGAGCUGAAAUCUUACCCCUUCUGGGGUUCCUUCACGUGCGACAUCGACUACCUUUUUUAACAGCCUUUUGAAUGAUCCUCUCUCCCUCCACCUUUGAAAUAUUUCACACAGGGGAAAACAUAUUUUUGCACAGAACGAAGAUGUUUAUUUUGAGUGUGAAAUCACGUAACACAAUAACAAUGCCCCGUGCAAUGGAAAACUGAUGAAAACGUUCCCUAUUAAAGCUGUUUCUGCUGGGUUGAUCACUGAGAUUGGAAGUCUAUUUUUAUUCCUUGAGCUUUAUAUCGACGAGCAAGAGGUUAGUGUGACCUUGCUAGAAGCAUCAUGGUCUUGUAUCGACUGAUCCAUGAUCACAGGUUGUCAGGAGAUAAUGGCACAAUUCUUUUUUUUUCCUCCAUUGUCAAGUUCGUACCAGGCAUAGGAGGCAACAGCUGGCGUCAGUCAUCCAUCCGUCCAGUGGGUUUGCUCUGAACCGUUUGGCUGGCUUGCAUCACAGGACCAUCUCAUCCAAUGUCUAAAAUAAAAACUGCUUGAUGCAGUCUGCCUGCACCCUGCGACAGGCAGACCUUAGAAGUACUCUUGUGACUUGUGUAUCUGGGUAGGCACUGCAGAAUCUCCUGAGAGUAGAGCGACAAGUGAGACACACAUGGCUUCUGGGAACUCCGCUCCUCCAAAGAACGGAGACACAGUGUAAUGGAGAUUGUGCCUCUAAUUUCCCCUCCAAAUGUCACCCUGAAAGAAUUUCCCUUAGAAACAAGUCUCCCACUAAUGAAGAAUAGCACCUUAAUAUCAUGGAUAUUCUCCUCAGGGCCUUUAAGGUAUUUCUUAUGCAACUUAUUAUAGCACGGAGUUAAAACCUGGCAGACAGUAAUGCUCACAGACUGGGUCCUUUUUUAUUUAAAGGAACAGACCACCUUAAAUAUUGGGGGUUUUUCAUGCACCAACCUGAACCCUACGUGGAAAUGCUGGAAUACCUUAUGUAAUGGAAGCCGAAGUUCAGCGUAUUCCAAAAGCAGAGAGCAGACCUGCCUAAAGGGUUCACUCUGCCAAAUGAUGCCAUGUGCAUCAGCAGAGGGCUUGUAAGUAUCUGUUCGAAGCACAGACUUGUUGCUUUCUUCAGCAAGCUGUUGGCUUUAGCUGUUUAAAAGGCCCUGAUCCUGCCAGUGGGUCUGCAGAGGCCUGGGCAGAACUUGCUGAAUCGCUUCAACGGGAGCUUUGCACAGGGAUCUAGUUGGAGAAUUAGGGUCUAACCUACUGCAGAUGAAGACAGUGGGGAGGCAGGGUGGCUGUAUUGCUCUUACAGCAGCGUUUAAUCUAUCAGACAGAUGCUUUAGCAUCCAGGGAUUCUUACAAGAUGGGAAAUUACUGGCUAGUUUUGUUUUCCCAGAUUUUCUGACUACCUCAGGUCCUGUACGCCCAGCUGGACAUUUCAACAGAAGCCGAAACCCACCAUUCUGUCCCCUCCCUGAGAAUCAUUUUAGCCCAAACAACUGCAAUGGUUCGGAAUGAGUCAGCGUAAUCACUACGUGAUUUUUUUCUCCCUCCUCCUUUAAUUUAAAAAUCCACCUCCUUUCACACGUUAAAAUCCACGUGCCGUUCAAAUGCCUUUCACCCACCACUAUCAGGCCCUGCUGUGGAGCCUUGGUCUGGAUGUUGCAUUACUUUGUUAUGUACAGCAAUUGCUUAUUGUACUUAACAGCUAAUGUUUUUUAAAAAUCUUCGGGGGGGGAAGAAAUAUUACAAUUAAAGUCGUUAUUUGAACACUC